GUCCGCUGCCGGGUGGUAGUAACGUUAAGAGUAGUGCCUUUCCCGGGUUUCGGCUGCACUCACACUUGCGCUUACGAGCAGAGAGCACGUUUCUUGUGCCGUGCGCGGUCGGAUGUUCAUCUGAAGGAUUGGGUCUUUGGAUGUGUUAUACUAUCGAAUUCGAAGCAGAUCGUGAUUCAAAGAUGCACAUGGGGUUUCUACCUGCUACCAAUUCUAUUCUGAAUUAAAAUACGCUAUUAUUACCGGCAAGGAUUUUUUGGGAAAUUGAUUUCAAAGGCUUAGCUGCGUCUCUUUCACUUGUGGAUUUUAUAACAUCGCUCCGAACUACAGGUGUCUAAUUCGAGGACAAGAUGCCUCAAACCCCACCCUUCACAGGCGUGUUCCCCAACAACGCCUAUAACAAGAACCUCUACCAGACAAAAGAGGAGAACUACGGGGGCCUCUAUUACCAUGACAACACAAUCGUUUCGGGGUCCCUGGAGGCCCUUAUCCAGCAUCUGGUCCCCACAGUGGACUACUACCCCGACAGGACGUAUAUCUUCACGUUACUCCUGAGUUCCCGGGUCUUCAUCCACCCCUAUGAGCUCAUGUCCAAGGUCUGCCACCUGUGUGUGGAGCACCAGAGACUCAGUGACCCUCAGGCUGACAAGAUGAGGCUCAGGAAGAUCGCUCCUAAGGUCCUGCAGUUGAUCACUGAGUGGACGGACACGUUCCCCUACGACUUUCGUGACGAGAGGAUGAUGAGGAGCCUGAAGGAACUCACCCAGCGCCUCGCCAGUGGUGACGAGCUGUAUCGUAAGGCCGUGCAGCAGGUGACCCAGGGGCUGAUCCGGAAGCUGACCACACUCAGCCAGUACGAGGAGGCGCUGGCCAAGAUCAGCGCCACGGCGACGGACCGGCUGGCUGUGCUCAAGGCCAAGCCUCAGUCUGUGCAGCGCGACAUCCUCAGCAUCUGCAGCGACCCCUUCACCGUGGCCCAGCAACUCACACACAUCGAGCUGGAGAGAUUAAGCUACAUCGGACCGGAGGAGUUUGUCCAAGCCUUUGCACAGAAAAGCCCUCUGGACAACGAUAAGAACUGCUUCAGUGACCAUAAGAAGGCCAGUAAUCUGGAGGCCUAUGUUGCCUGGUUCAACCGCCUCAGCUACCUGGUGGCUACAGAGAUUUGCAUGGCCGUGAAGAAGAAGCACAGAGCGCGGGUCAUCGAGUUCUUCAUCGACGUGGCGCGAGAGUGCUUCAACAUCGGCAACUUCAACUCGCUCAUGGCCAUCAUUUCUGGGAUGAACAUGAGUCCAGUGUCUCGACUGAAGAAGACCUGGGGCAAAGUCAAAACAGCGAAGUUUGACAUCCUGGAGCAUCAGAUGGAUCCUUCCAGUAACUUCUAUAACUACCGGACGGCGUUGCGUGGAGCCACACAGAGAUCCAUCACAGCCCAUAGCAGCAGAGAGAAGAUUGUCAUUCCCUUCUUCAGUCUAAUGAUUAAAGACAUCUACUUCCUCAAUGAGGGCUGUUCCAACAGGCUUCCUAAUGGCCAUGUCAACUUUGAGAAAUUCUGGGAGCUGGCGAGGCAGGUGAGCGAGCUGAUGACCUGGAAGAAGGUGGAGUGUCCGUUUGAGAAGGACCGCAAGAUCCUACAGUACCUGCUCACCGCUCCCGUUUUCAGUGAGGAUGCUCUGUGUCUGGCAUCCUAUGAGAGCGAAGGACCAGAGAACAACAUGGAGAAGGACAGGUGGAAGUCUCUGAGGUCUUCCCUGCUGAAUCGGGUGUAGGCACCUCAGGGUGGCGGUGGCGGGGGGGGGGGGGGGGG